AUGGUCAACUCAUCACCUGUAUUUAAGUUCAUUUUACUUAAAUGCAUCCAUUUAUCAGCAGAGCCAAGGGAAGGAGUGACAUCGAGAGAGGAACAGAGAAAACAAGCCAGACAUGAAAAAGUUCAGUCGUUGAUUGUCUCUGAGCAUCUUCCACAGCACCAGGAUGUGAUUAAUUUAGCUGUUACUACAGAACAAAGAAGACAAAAUAAGACAACCACAGUAAUGAAUGGUCCAUCUGAAGAAGAGACUUCAACAGAAAAUGCAGGAAAGUGUGAUAGCCGUGAAAGUGUUCAGUCAUCGAUCUUCUCUGAGCCUCUUGCACAGAAGAAGGAUGGUGUCUAUUUCCCCAGGGCUGAAGAUUGGAGAGGAGAAAAGGUAGCAAAUGGACAAAUGAAAGCUACUACUGAUGCUGCUGAUGCUUAUGCAGCAGCUGCUGAUGUGGCUGCUGCUGAUACUGCUGCAGCUGCUACUGAUGCUUCAGCUGCUACUGAUGUUGCAGCUGCUACUGAUGUGGCUGAUGCAGAUGCAGCUGCUACUGCUGCAGCUGAUGCUGAUGCAGCUGAUGCUGAUGCAGCUGCUACUGCUGCAGCUGAUGCUGAUGCAGCUGAUGCUGAUGCAGCUGCUACUGAUGCAGCUGAUGCUGAUGCAGCUGCUACUGAUGCAGCUGACGCUGCUUCCCCCAAUGAUGAUGAAGACAAUGAUUCAACAGCUGCUGCCCUUUCUGGUAAUGGUACUAGACAUGAAUUCAUCCUACAAAGGCAUUGUGGGAAGGCUGGUAACCACCAGUUUCCAGCUGUAGAACACCUGGAUGCUAUGGAUGAUCACCAGUUAUCUGAACCAGUCUCUGAGGAUGACGAUUUGUCUGAUUUUGACAAUAUAUUGAUGAUAGUUAACCAAUUCCAAAUGAACUAUAAAGAUUCUGGAAGACUGUUGGAAAUCCAGGAUGCAGUUCAUUCAUACAAAAUGAAAAUAGAACAAAAACAAAGUCACUCAGAGUUACUUACAGAAAAAAGUAAGAGAAUGGAAAACCAAGCUAAUGAAGUGCUAAAGAAACCACAAGAAACAGAAAAGGAGAAAUCACAGCUCAGACAUAAAACUACAGAGCAGCAACUAGAGCUCGUUGGUGUGGGAUUGGCUGGAAAACAAGAAACACAAUCAAGAAAUGCUCAUUAUCUCUAUGAAAAAAUUAAGAAGCAAUUAACUGAAAAAGAAGAGCAACAUAAAAAAGAAAAACAGCAACUUGAAAUGUGCCUUAUAGCACAAGACAUGGAACUGAGGCAUCUCAGAAAUGACAUGAGGAAGUUGCAAGAAGCACGGGGUCAAGAGACACAGGCUGAAGAGACUGACAGGGCAAUGCAGGGACAGCUGCAAAAGGUUGAACAAGAAAUUUUCACAUUAGAAGAAACGGUCAAAAAGCAAGCAGAGACAAUAGAACAACUUGAGAAAAAGCUAUUAAGUAAAGACAAAAGUUUGGUAAGAUCUCAUAAUCUAACACAAACAAGUCAAGAAUUUGUUAAUAACAUCAGAGAAAUGCAUGCUACUUCAGUAAUGAGAUAUUUGGAUCUCAGAAUUCAAAGUCUGGAAAGCAAAAUCUCUGAAAUGAUCCAAUCUCAUGAUGACUUCUUGGCUCUGGAAGACUAUAACAAACUUCAUCAGUCAUAUAAACUGAGGGAGACUGAAGCUCAGCUGAAGGCAGUCACAGACCAGUUCCACUUGGUGACUCAGCACAACAUGUCAUUACUAAACAUACUUGCCUCAGAGUGUCCCUCUGUCACAAAUUUUCACAAGCAUUUGGGCAGCCUCUUUACCCAAGAGAACAUGGUGACUCCCACUUCAAGCCCACAGUGUUUAAAACAGUACAGAACAGCCAACCUGGGUGUGUCUGUAGACAACAAUGAAGAUUUCAAUCAAGAACCCAUCAAGUUAGUUCUGUGUCCACAACCUGAGCUGGAUCACACAAAGAAGAAACACCAGGAAGCAGCUAAAGAGAAAACUCUAAGUAAAAAAUGUUUUAAAUGGACAAAAACAACAACUGAGCGUGAAAAUGGAAAGCAUAGUUUCUCUGAGAUUCCCAACACCAGACAAUUUGAAAUGGAGAGUCCAUUUGAUAUACCAAGACAUGAGCGAAUAGCAGAAGAUCAAGAAACUGUUGAUAACACACUAGGAAAUCAAGAUACCUUGUUCAUAAAUCCACAGGAAUCCAGAUUUGCAAAUCAGCGACCUGAACACUCAGAAGACACUACUCAUCAAGGAUCACACAAAGCUGAAUCAAAAGCGUGUAAGGACACCUAUCUAAAAAGAGUAAAAAUGACAAAGCGAUCAUCUCAUAAACAACUAAGGUCUAAGGGCAGACAAGCUGAGGCAAUGAGGAAGAACUCUGAGGAAAUGAAGCCUUAUAGUUCUGCACCAAACAUGUGCACCACCAGCCCUGCUCCAGGAUUUGCAGCUGACAGACUCAACAGUGCUUGGGAAAACAGCAGAAGUUUUGUGGGAAGAGAACCAUUGAUCCCAAGCUCAAGGCCACAGGCCUUUGCUGAGAGUUUGGCAGGCUUCCUAAAUAGGGAAAGAGAAGAAAAUCAACGAACUUUUGAUGACAGAAGAGGAAACCAUAAAGCUUCAUGCAUGAGGCCACAGGAACCCAAAAUUCCAAACCUGCAGCCCAAACACCCAGAAGAAUUAACUCAUCAAACCGCAUAUAAAGCUGAACCAAUCCAAUAUGAGGAACUCUGUCAGGAAAUGGUAGAAAUGACAAAGUCAUUAUUUCAUGAACAACUAAAGUCUAAGAACAGGCAAGAUGAGGCCAUGAGGAAAAACUUUGAGAAAACAGAGCUUUAUAGUUCUGCACCAAACACGUACUUGACAAACCCUGCUCAGGGAUUUGCAACUGGCCAUCCCCACAGCAGUCCAGAACAUAGCGGACACUUCAUUCAAGAAGAACCCUUGAUCCCAGGCUCAAGGCCAUGGCACUUUGUGGAAAGUCUAGAUAACUACCUGUGCAGGUGCAUUGUUGUUGCCUGUGGCAUUCACAGGCAAAGCACACAAGCUGCCGCUCAUCGUAUUUCGCUUGUGGCCUUGGAUGAUGGCCAUCUUACCUUGACUCUUGGAGAUGUUGCUCAGCAUCUAAAGCAACUCACAGUUUUUAUAACUGUAGUUGGUUAUCACCUGAGAAUCACCUACGCCUUGAUGUGUUUUCAGGAGACCAUCGUGGUACAGAAGGCACGACAGCAGGAGCUUCCACAGCUUGGUGAAUCAGAAAGAGAAACGCAUAUUACCCUCAAAGCCCGUCCCCAGUGGGGACCACCAGUGCUACAAGCUGUGGACCAGGUAUUCAAACACAAGAGUAGAUGUGAUGCAGGCAAUGGACAAGGUCCUUGGAUGGCAGAACACAUUCCAGAGCCCACAUCCAUCCACAUUAAAAUUUUGGAUGCCUCUGGUAACUGA